AUGAAUAUAUCCAUCAAGAACGUUGAAGGAACGGUAAUCUAUUCUCUUGAAGUCAAUCCAACAGAUACCAUUGCCUCUGUGAAAGAAAAUAUUAAAAUGAAGGAAGGUAUUUAUGUUGAUGAGCAGGUGCUGAUCUUCAACAAAAUGGUUCUCGGGGACAGCAGCACCCUUUUCGACUUCCGCAUCAACAGUAAAUCGACCCUCACACUGAUACAAAUGUCAAGGGGAUUCAUGAAGAUAUUCAUCAACAUAAAAGCCAAGAUCCAGGAUAAGGUACUUAUUCUGUGUGACAAGCAGGAGUUGAUCUUUAACGAAAUGGUCCUCCAUGACAUUAACAUCAAAGGGGAUCUUGGCUUUUAUGUUGUAUAUGGUAUCAGAGGGUUUGAUAAAUGCAAUCUCAUGCGUUUAAAGGUGACUGGAACAUCGUCGUUGUCUUCACCAGUGGAGAAUCUCUUACUCGGAAUCACCCGUUCAACUCUUCUGUUGAUCCUGGCGUAG